AUGUCCAUGAACUACUUCAUCAACAAUCAAUCCAGUAACCCACAAAUCCUUUCCUUUGAGUCAUGGGUUGUUUGGCAGAAACUCUUGGGAAGUGCUGAAGGCUUAUGUGCAACGGCAGCAAAGAAUGGUUUCUUUAAUGAGGGGAGGAAGGCGCAAGCUAUGUUGCCAGCAAAUAGCAAACUGCGUACAGAGAUUGGUGGACAACUGCAAGCACUUGGAAACUUGUCUUUCGAUAGAAUAAUGGCUAUUUUUGACAAUGCUGGCAAAAUUUACACCAGAGUGAUAGCAGAGUUUCAGGCCAAUGGUGAUGAGAUCCUGAGCAAUAUGAAUAAUAUGAUAAACGAUUUGGGCAGGAUUAUGUUCAAUGUUGAGGAGCCUGAACGUUCUGCACUGAUAACAUUUCAUGAGGCGCUUUUUAAUUUAAGUCGUCAAGUGAAUACAGUCAACCCAAUACGUCCUAUUGCAUCAGGUAUUUUAGACAUGACUGGGGUUGACAUCAUUUGGUUAAAAAUGAUGAUGAAGAACGGGAUGGUUGGUUGCCUCAGCCUUCUGCCAGACAAAUACACAUCGAUCAGCUUUCCCGAUGCAGUAGAUGAAAUGUGUUGGGUAUUAAUGAACAACUGUGAAUAUGCAACAAAGUAUGGUGGGAUUUCUAUAAUCAAACCAAUCUACAUCCCAUCAGCUGUUGAUAGAGAACCUGAUGUCUGCAGGUCUAUGCAGAUAGAUAAGUUGGUGAACCCGAUAAAUGUUUACUGCAGCACAUCACAAAGGGAAGAAACAGUCCCCAUGAGCAUGAGUGACUUGUCCACUAUUCAAACUCCUCCAACGACUCGCUAUUACGACGUUUCCCGACAUCGGCCUUGA